UCUUCUAUUCUUCAUAUAUUUUUUAUGGUAUUUUUAUUUAUAUUUAGUAAGAGUUUUUGACACUGCUGUGAAUUGAAGAUUAAGCGCAGGUCCUUAUGCAUAAAACAAAAGCUUUUUAUUUUACAUUAAUGUACCCUGCUUGGUUUAAACACUAGACUGCAGUUUAUUUUACAAGCUCAGUUGGUAAAAAGUUGGAUUUCUUUGUAUUUACCCCCCCAAAUGCUAUAGCUGUGAAUGGAAACACGACGCAUUAUGUUAAUCAAUUUAAACGCAUUAAUGGCAGAUGCAAAAAUCAUUCCCCCGCUCACACCCUGCAACGUCACACAGCGGCAUGACUAUAAAAAUGAGGAGCACAAGCCAGACCCCACCCCUCCCUCACAUCCUCGCUUUCCUUCACCCUGUUUUCCAUCCGAGGAGUUUGUUCAAGGGUUCAGAGAGUGUCGGACAGCUGAGAGUGAGAGGACGGCGGCUUAUUGCUCCUUACUUUAUCUUUCCUCAACACACACGUCACAGGUUUUUACCUGCAAUCUGGACUAUUUCUUCGAUUUUUAAAACUGAAAAUUCGCGCCUGAUGCUCCAACACUUAUAAAGAGCUUCAAGACAACAUUAAGUGAAGUACUGCAGUAUCAUGACCAGGAAGGUGUUCACCAACACACGUGAGCGCUGGCGCCAACAUAAUGUCAACACUGCUUUCGCAGAGCUGCGGAAACUCAUCCCCACGCACCCGCCCGAGAAAAAGCUUAGCAAAAACGAGAUCCUGCGGCUGGCGAUGCGCUACAUCAACUUCUUGGUGACUCUCCUGGAGAGUCAAGGCGGAGAGCCGUCGGCUCACUCGCAAGCCGCGCUCCUCACGCUGAUCACGGGGAACAUGCAGAACCUACGCACUGACCGCACCUGGACCAGCGACACCGACCCGCCGUCACCCGGAUCCAGCUGUGACAGUUCAGAAGCCUGGUAGAAGAAAACAAAUGUACAGUUCUGAACAUUCUAUGAGAGGAUUCUGUGAUGUUUUUGAAAGUUCCAUCGCCAUGGAAACACAAAGCUGGAUUUUUGGAAGUCGGAAUGUUCGCUAUGACAUCACAAUCACUCAUUUAUUCCUGCUUGGAAAUGAUCUGUGGAAACCCAGAAACACUUUGUAAUGGAGUGGAAACCCUGAACAACAUACACAGUAUGCAUGAUCAGGGAUGCACUUUGGAAGGAUCUCCCUGAUACUUUUUAGUAUUAAAUGUAAUUAAUAAUAUGUAAUUUAAUUUCCUUGACUGAAUUGACACUCAAGAAUGUUUUGUUUGAGAUUGAAGGCAACCUCAGAAUUGAAACUGUAAUUUAUUUGAUUGUAUUUAAUUUUUUAUUUAAUAUUUAUGCUUUCAAUGGAUUCAGCACGUGACUAGUUGUAUAUUAAAUUGUAAUUUAUUAAAUGGAAAAUGUUAUUGUUUAAACUGCUCUGCAUUCACAAAUACAAAAUAUGUUUUGCCAAAGAUUAUUUUUGUGUAUUCAUUAUUUAAAAAACAAAAUGUUGAAUGUUUUUUGUCAAUAAUUAAAUAUUGUAUUAAUUUAUUAGUCUGUUUGAUAUUAAAAUGCUUAAAAGGCUGUUGUUCAAUCUGGUUUGUAUUAGCCAGUGUGCAUGCAUUGGUCAGCUCUGAAGACUGCGAUUGGCUUUUAUGUUGUGGUCAGAUAAUUGUUCGCUGCAGCCGCUGUUUAAGAGCCGUGUGACCAUAGCGAUGACCUCUGGAAGUGUCCGAGCCGCAUAAGAGAGGGGAUUGUAGACACAGCUUAACUUUUGGUCUAAGGCCAGAGGUCAUCUUGGAGUCAAAAUCCACACUCGUCAGUGACCAAUCAGGUGCAUAAAGAGAGAGUGUGCAUGUUUGUGUUGCAUCCAAACAUAUAAAAAAUGUAUCUAUUCAAAAUUUUAUUUUAAUACCAGUAAGAAAAAUAAGGAAUGUUAUUUUGCAUGGUGAAAAUAAAACCUUGUUUUGGGACCGUUUAUUUUGCAUGGUAAAAUUUCUAAUGCCAGUUCAGCACUUAAUUUUAGUUUUAAUGGUAAUAUAUGGCUGAAUAUAAUAUAUACAGUUUUUUUUAUUACAUGUAAAAUAUAAAAAUCAAAGACGGGGUAAUUUUCUGUAUUAUUGUACAGGCUUGACUUUCCCCAUGCAAAUUUAAUUUUAAGGUUAAAUAUGACCUGGCCAUUACUUUGUGACAUUGAAAUGUGACAUUUAACCUAUUAUAAGAUGA